AUGGCUGCCCGAGGCCGGCGCCCCAAGGUGCUCCCCUCCAAGCUGAACAAGGUGUGCCCCGAGAGGGGAGACGGCUCUGCCACGCACCCCAAGAAGAUGAGUGACUUCGAGGUGGUCCCUAACCUCCAUCAGAGCAGCAGCAGUGUCUCGAGGAGCAGGAGGAAGGCACAUUUCCCCACUGGCAGCAACGAAAAGGAAAACCUCAUCUCAUGGAUUCCUGAAAACAUCCGGAAGAAGGAGUGCACCUACUUUGUUGAAAGCUCCCAGACCUCAGACUCCGGGAGGGUCGUGUGCCAGUGUGGCUACCUCAGGGAACAGCACCUGGAAGAUGCUGCCAAACCUCCCAUCUUCCUUGGAAAGGAAUGGGAUCCCAGCAGGCACAUCCAGGAAAUGCCAACAGAUGCCUUUGGUGACAUCCACUUCACAGGCCUGGGACAGAAGAUGGGGAAGUACGUGCGUGUCUCCUCAGAUACCCCCCCCCGGGUCAUCUACCACCUCAUGACACAGCACUGGGGCCUUGAUGCCCCCAACCUGCUCAUCUCUGUCACUGGGGGAGCCAAAAACUUCAGCAUGAAGCCAAGGCUGAAGAACAUCUUCCGGCAAGGGCUGGUCAAAGUGGCCCAGACCACUGGGGCCUGGAUCAUCACGGGGGGGUCCCACACGGGUGUGAUGAAGCAGGUGGGGGAGGCGGUGCGAGACUUCGUCCUCAGCUGCAGCCACAGAGAGGGCGACAUCGUCACCAUCGGCAUCGCCACCUGGGGGACCGUCUACAACCGGGAGAGCCUCGUCUGCCCCCUGGGUGGCUUUCCAGCUGAGUACGUGCUGGAUGAGGAGAACCAAGGCAGCCUGUCGUGCCUGGACAGCAACCACUCCCACUUCAUCCUGGUGGAUGAUGGGACCCACGGGAAGUAUGGGGUGGAAAUCCCCCUGAGGACCAGGCUGGAGAAGUUCAUUUCUGAGCAGACCAAGGUGAAAGGAGGCGUGGCCAUCAAGAUCCCCAUCGUGUGCGUGGUGCUGGAAGGAGGCCCUGGGACCCUUGAUACCAUCUACAAUGCCAUCACCAACGGGACCCCCUGUGUGAUUGUGGAAGGGUCUGGGCGUGUGGCUGAUGUCAUUGCUCAGGUGGCCAGCCUGCCCGUGCCCAGCAUCACUGUUGCCUUGAUCCAGAAGAAGCUCAGCAUCUUCUUCCACGACACCUACGAUCUCUUCACUGAGGCCAAGCUGGUGGAGUGGACCAAGAAGAUCCAAGACAUUGUGAGGUGCCAGGAGCUCCUGACCAUUUUCAGAGAGGGCAAAUGCGGCCAGCAGGAUGUGGACGUGGCCAUUCUCCAGGCUCUGUUCAAAGCAUCCCAGAACCAGGACCAUUUUGGCCGUGAGAACUGGGACCACCAGCUGAAGUUAGCUGUGGCCUGGAACAGGGUGGACAUUGCUCGGAGUGAGAUCUUCACUGAUGACCAUGAGUGGAAGCCCACAGAUCUCCACCCUGUGAUGGCAGCUGCCCUGAUCUCCAACAAGCCAGAGUUUGUGCAGCUGUUCCUGGAGCAGGGAGUGCGUCUCAAGGACUUUGUCACCUGGGACACCCUGGGCUACCUCUACGACAAUGUGGCCCCGUCCUGCCUGUUCCACAGCAAGCUCCAGAAGGUCCUGCUGGAGGAGAGAGAGCACACAGCUGGCUCCAAAAUGCCAAGGGUCCAACUGCACCAUGUCUCCCAGGUGCUGCGGGAGCUCCUGGGCCCCUCCACGCAGCCUCUCUACCCCAAGCCCAAGCACACGGAACGGCCCCGACUCUCCGUCCCCAUCCCACACAUCAAGCUGAACGUUCAGGGCUCAAGUCUCCGCUCCCUCUACAAGCGCCCUGCUGGCAGGGCCACCUUCACCACCGACCCCAUCCGGGACCUCCUCAUCUGGGCUGUGGUCCAGAACCGCAAGGAGCUGGCAGAGAUCAUCUGGGCCCAGAGCCAGGACUCGAUGGCAGCUGCCCUGGCCUGCAGCAAGAUCCUGAAGGAGCUGGCCAAGGAGGAGGAGGACACAGACACCAAGGAUGAGAUGCUGGCCUUGGCUGAGCAGUAUGAGCACAAGGCCAUGGGAGUGUUCACAGAUUGCUACCGCAAGGAUGAGGAGAGGGCACAGAAGCUCCUCACCCGUGUUUCUGAGGCCUGGGGGAAGACAACCUGCCUGCAGUUGGCACUGGAGGCCAAGAACAUGAAGUUUGUGUCCCAUGGGGGUGUCCAGGCCUUCCUGACCAAAGUCUGGUGGGGGAAGAUGUGUGUGGACAACGGGCUGUGGCGGGUGAUCGCCUGCAUGCUGUGCUUCCCGCUCCUCUACACCAGCCUCAUCACCUUCAGGUACUCCCUGCAGCCAGGGCAGGGGGUGCAGCAAGGCUGGCUGGGAGAAUCUGGGGUGGUUUCCUUCCCUGGGCAGCCAAGUCCCUCUUCCACUCCUGCUCCCUGCAGGGAGAAGAGGCUGCAGCCCACGGGCUGCCUGACGCGCCUCCGAGCCUUCUUCACCGCGCCCGUCGUCAUCUUCCACAUGAACAUCCUCUCUUACUUCACCUUCCUCCUCCUCUUCGCCUACGUCCUGAUGGUUGACUUCCAGCCCUUGCCAUCCUGGAGGGAGUAUCUCCUCUACUUCUGGCUCCUCUCCCUGGUGUGUGAGGAGAUCCGCCAGCUGUUGUAUGAUCCAGAUGGGUUUGGGAUGGUGAAAAUGGCUUCCCUGUACUUCAAGGACUUCUGGAAUAAGCUGGAUAUCUGUGCCAUCCUGGUCUUUAUCACAGGGUUGACUUGCAGGCUGAUCCCAUCCACCCUCUAUCCCGGGCGCAUCAUUUUGUCCCUGGCUUUUACCAUCUUCUGCCUGCGCCUGAUGCACAUCUUCACCGUCAGCAAGACCCUGGGGCCCAAGAUCAUCAUUGUGAAGCGCAUGAUGAAGGACGUUUUCUUCUUCCUCUUCCUGCUGGCGGUGUGGGUGGUGUCCUUUGGGGUUGCCAAGCAGGCCAUCCUGAUCCACAACGAGGAGCGUGUGGAGUGGCUGUUCCGUGGGGUGGUCUAUCACUCCUACCUGACCCUCUUUGGGCAGAUCCCCUCCUACAUCGACGGGGUCAACUUCAACAUCGACCAGUGUAGCCCCAAUGGGACCGACCCCUACAAGCCCAAGUGCCCAGAGACAAACGAGGACAGCAAGAAACCCAUCUUCCCAGAGUGGCUGACAGUCAUCUUACUGUGCCUGUACCUGCUCUUCACCAACAUCCUCCUCCUCAACCUCCUCAUCGCCAUGUUCAACUACACCUUUCAGCAGGUCCAGGAGCACACGGACCAGAUCUGGAAGUUCCAGAGGCACGACCUGAUCGAGGAGUACCACGGCCGCCCGCCCGCGCCGCCGCCCCUCAUCCUGCUCAACCACCUGCAGCUCCUGCUCCAGAGGUGCCUGCUCCGCACACCCACCACCCGCCCCAAACAGCUCAAAGAGAAGCUGGAGAAGAAUGAAGAAGCUGCCCUCCUCUCCUGGGAGAUGUACCUGAAGGAGAACUACCUGCAGCACCAGCAGUGCCAGGAGAAGCAGAACACGGAGCAGAAGAUCCGGGACAUCGCGCAGAGGGUUGACGUGCUGGCAGAGCUGCUGGACUUCGACCGGGUGAAGAAGACAGGGCUGUUGGAGCAGAGACUGGUCUCUCUUGAAGACCAGGUGCACCAGAGCACCCAGGCCCUGAGGUGGAUCAUGCAGGCGCUGCAGGGCAGUGGCUUUGGCUCAGGAGAGGACAUGCCAGCCGUGGGCUCCAGAAAAGCCUCGGAGACCAAGGAGGUUGAGCUGGAGGGGAAAGCUGAGGAGAGCCAGCCCUGCCACCAUGUGCUCGCCCGAACCCUCCUCUACCCCGGGUCUCGCACUCUCCGCUUCCCUGUGCCGGAUGAGAAGGUGCCCUGGGAGGUGGACUUCCCACUCUACGACCCUCCCACCUACUCAGCUGACCACCAGGACAUGGCUGUGCAAGACCCGUUCAGCCCCUCCUUGGAGUCUCUCCUGAAGAUCAACUACAACACCAUGGAUGGGCUGAUUGACAGGCAGAGCUUCCACGGCCUCUACACCGUGCAGGAUGGGCUGCCACUGAACCCCAUGGGCAGGACGGGGCUGAGAGGCCGGGGGAGACUUCACUGCUUUGGGCCCAACCAUGCCCUGCACCCUGUGGUGACCCGCUGGAGGAGGAAUUUGGAUGGGUCCAUCAUCAGGAAGAGCCUGAAGAAGAUGCUGGAAGUCCUAGUGGCCCAGUACCCGCUGUCGGAUGUCUGGGCUCUGCCUGGGGGGUGCCUGGAGCCCGGGGAGACGCUGCCGCUGAAGCUGAAGUGGAUCCUGCGCCGCGAGUUCUGGCCCCAGUUCCAGAACUUGCUGAAACAGGGCACUGAGAUACACAAGGGGUACCUCGAUGACCCCCGCAACACGGAUAAUGCCUGGGUGGAGACCGUGGCCAUCAAUGUGCACUUUGACCACCAGAACGACGUGGAAAUGAAGAGACUGAACUCGUUCCUCCAGGGCUGUGACCCAGAGCUGUGCAUCCGCUGGCAGGUGCUGGACAAGAGGAUCCCCCUGCACACCAACCACAAGAAGCUCCUGCAGAAGGUCUCAACCAUUCUUGGCACCUACUACUGA